AAUCCCCUCUCACAGACACAGCUUCAUCUUGGGUUUUUUUUGUCUAUAUUUCAAUUCUAGGUUACUUAAGAAGCUUUUCAGUGUAGACUUUAUUCACAAUGCAUGAUUUGCAAUUAACAAAAUAGCUUACACAGGAACCUAAAAUCAAAGGAUUUAGCGACAUGACCUGAGUAAAGAUGAUCUGGAGUUGAGAUUAAAAUGUCUGGAGAACUCAUGGACACCAAUUACGAAGGCUCAGCGGGGAUCGAUGCUGCAACCUUCAACUUCAGCGGUGUGUCCAACACGUGUAACCGCACUCACGGGGACUACCUCCACCUGUCAGACUUUGCCAAAACGGAUUUUGCUGGAGAUGGCGCCGCUGUUGUGCGUAUUGUCAUCUCUGUCAUUUACUCGCUGGUUUGCGCACUGGGUCUGGUUGGGAACUUACUGGUCCUGCAUUUAAUGAAGACAAAACACAUGUGGAGAAAAUCCUCCAUUAAUCUUUUUGUAACUAGUCUGGCGGUGACUGACUUGCAGUUUGUGCUCACUCUGCCUUUCUGGGCGGUGGAGAACGCGCUGGACUUCACGUGGCUUUUCGGCAAAGCCAUGUGUAAGAUUGUGUCCUAUGUGACCGCUAUGAACAUGUACGCCAGCGUGUUUUUCCUCACUGCCAUGAGCGUUGCGCGGUAUUGGUCUCUCGCCUCUGCGCUUAAAGGGAGGAGGCGGCGCCCGUUGUGCUGCGCCGCGCGGUGCAUUACAGUGUUCAUCUGGAUUGCCGCUGUGUCUGCCGCUCUGCCGCACGCGGUUUUCACCACAACCGUGACUGUCUCAAAUGAGGACUUGUGUCUAGUCAAAUUCCCAGAAACAAACGGCAGCGCGCAGCUUUGGCUGGGACUAUACCACUCUCAGAAAGUGCUGCUGGGAUUUGUUAUACCUCUGGCGAUCAUCUCAGCUUCCUAUCUACUUCUUUUGCGCUUCAUCACAUCCAAAAACAUUAACACAUCGAGCGCAAAACGGCGCGCAAAAGUCACAAAAUCUGUUACCAUUGUGGUUUUAUCUUUCUUCCUUUGCUGGCUGCCCAAUCAGGCGCUCACCAUGUGGGGCAUCCUCAUCAAACUCAACGUGGUUCAUUUCACAUAUGAGUACUACACCACGCAGGUGUACGUCUUCCCUGUGUCCGUGUGCCUCGCGCACUCAAACAGCUGCCUGAAUCCCGUCCUGUAUUGCCUGACGAGGCAGGAGUUCAGGAAAGCGCUGAAGAAACUCUUCUGGCGGAUGACGUCGCCAAAUGUACGACCGAUCACAGCCACCACGAAGCAGGAGGUGGACGAGCAAAGACAUAUGCUGGCCCCGGUGAACGCGCCCGAGGAGCCCGCGCUGGUGUUUUACCCUCCUGGGGCUGUGAUGUACAAUGACAGGAGAGAUCUGCCAAACAGCCACUGAACUGUCAUAUUUGUUGAAUGCUCCUUUUUCUUUUUCAUCAGUAAUGUUCAUCGCUCAGUUUUUUGUCUGGAGAUUCUGGAAUGAUUGAAAACAUUUUGUACAUCUCAGCCCGGUGUAAUAGACAAGGGGACAUUCAAUGUGCAUCAUCAGAGUAUAGAACGCCUUUUGAAUAAAUACGUUUGUCCAACCUA